UAUGCCUUUGUUUGAAUUUUGAUAUUUGACGUACGUCAAUUCCAGUAAUAAUAAAUAAAUAACUUGACCGUGCUUGUAAAUUAAGUGAUUCAUAGUUGACGCGAUGUUAAAUAAUACGCGAAAAAAUGCGUUUUGUAAAUGAAACCAAUUAACUUCGAUUAAUUGGAGCAAUGUUCUAAGCGAAGUGCGUAAUUAGAUCGGAAAGGCGUAGUCCCAAAAUAUUUUUCCAAGAGAUGGGCGAUAAAACUAACAAAACGGUGAUUGGGGCGGGGACUGGUAUUCCUUCUAAGCCAGUCCCUAUGAAAUUAUUUGCUACAUGGGAAGUCGAUAGGACUCCUUCCAAUUGCAUUCCAAGAUUAUGUUCCCUUACAUUGUCUCGAUUAGUAGUUUUACGACCACUCGGAGCAGAUUUGGCUUCCAUAUCUAUUGCUGUUAAAAUGCAAUCUAGUAAACGCACAUUACGUUCGAACGAACUGUUAUUACCGCCAAACGGUUUGCUUGACACCGGAUUAGAAUUGACUUUCAGUUUGCAAUAUCCGCAUUUCCUUAAGCGAGAUGGAAAUAAGUUGCACAUUCUAUUGCAACGCAGGAAACGUUACAAAAAUCGCACAAUGCUGGGCUUUAAAACAUUGGCGGAAGGAAUUAUUCGUAUGGAUCAGGUUUUGCAAAAACAAAUGGACAUUGAAUUAGAGCUUUUCCCAGAAAACAGUGGCAAAGACAAAGCUGCAACGGUAGUAGCCCGCCUUACUGUAUUACAACUAAGUUCAACACCUGUAGAUCAAGAACAUAAGACUGAUCGUGAUAGAGACUUUAGUGACGAAGAAGACGAAUUUAGCUCAGCGGAAGAAGAAGGAGGAGAUCUUUCCGACAGUGAACCGCUACGUUCCAAAAUGCCACACGCAAGACACAACCUAAAGCAGAGAUUCGUCUCAUUAUUAAGAAGGUUUCGUAUGGCAGAUUCGGAAGGUGGCCGUGGCGCUUCUCUAGCAAAUCCCAGUGAUAUUCAAGCAUUAUUCCAAGAGUUAGAGUCGUUAAGUUGCGAUGAGGAUUCUGGUGCUGAGCAAGACACUAUGUCAAUAUCGAGCACACCAAAACCUAGUUUAAGGCCGUUUUUCAGUAGUAGUCGCAGUUUAUUAGAUAAUCAUCCGGCACCAGAAACAGAACGUAGUGGAGAAGAAAAAAAUUACUCAGGUAGUGACGGAAAUGCAGACAUAUGCUGGACUGAUCAUGAAGUGCAAUCCGAUCCACAAAUCGGCUCUCCACCUUUCGAUAAGUUACCUCCGAAGGGUGACGAAAACUUAGAAGUGGGGGAACGCAAAAGUAAAUUAUUUCGUACUCCUGCUUUGGCAGGUAAAAAGAAGAACUCGUUAAGUAUUGGAACGGAAUGCACUACUCCCGAAACUAUAAUUGCUCGAAAAUCAUUUCUUGAGCAAGUCGCCCGUUUACUUCCUCCUGACGAAAUAAACUUACCCGAUGUUGUUCUGCUUGUAUCUGGUACGGAACCGCAGGCUUCCCCAUUGUGCAACAGAUUAGUGCAUCAUCGCCUCUUCCAACCGUUGUCUGGUCCAGAGGUCCGUUCCGUUCUAACUUCGCUUGUAAAUAAAAUUCAAAAGUAUUGCAACAGUUGUGCUAAACCUAGUAAUCCAAUCAAACUGGUAUUGGUUGGUGGUGAUGCACUUGUUGGAUGGACGUUACGUCCAUAUGUAGACUUACUUUCGUCUAGAUCUCCAGAAUGGAUUAGUUACAUACGUAUUUAUAUAGUACCUUUAGGCAUUUGUACCAUUGCACGUCAUCUAGCUUCUUUAGAUGCUGGUUAUUCAAAUCUGUUUCCCUUGGAUACAGAGCUCAAAGGAGACGAACUAGCAAACCGUUUGAUACGUUACAUUUCACUUCCUCCAUUUACUCCAGUUGCUAAUUUACCUUUAGCAGAAGCAAUGCUUACGUGCCAAGAUGAUUCCAGUCAACUUUUUAUUCCAUUUGUAAAUGAAGUUCGUGUGGGACCCACCGAUAGCGCACUAUCUGUGUCAGUUGAUAUGGAAGACUUAAUGUGUUCAAGUCCCCCCGGUCCUCCUCCUUUAACACCUCCUUCAUCGCCCAACGUACAAGCAAGAGAAUCUCCUUGGGAGCCGUUAGAAUUACAACUUGAUUAUUGGCAAUUUCCAAAGGUCAAUGAGAACAUAAAGACUGACAAACUGAAACAAGACGGAAAAAUAUCAUUGAAGGGUCUGUUUCGAGGAUUACAAGCAAAUCCAAGUUCGUGUUCAGGAUUGUGUACGGGACUUAAUCUCACAAUGCAUGUCUCGACAAAAGAAAAGAAACAAAAAAUAAUGCGUCUUGGCAAGAAGAAAGAAAAAGAACGAGAACCUGAGGCGCGAAGUCAGUUUGUGGAAGGCAUAUCCAGAUUGAUUUGCUCAGCUCGUGCAUCUCAUUCUCCUCCUAUGCGCGUGUUCAUUGAUGGAGCCGAGUGGAGUGGUGUUAAAUUUUUCCAGUUGAGUUCUACGUGGCAAACUCACAUAAAACACUUAACUGUUGCUUUGGUUGGCGCGCCCAUAGCCGGUACGGAGCUCUCCUAACGUAGAGUAGUGAAUUCGCAGCGCUUAUAAACGUAUAUUUAAACUUCGAUCUGAAUUUUCCUCCAAAACUGGAUAAUGUCAAAAUGUUUGCAAUCUAAUUUGUGAUAUUUCUUUUAACCACUAACUAAAAUACGGCUGUUACAUUUUGAUAUGAUAUACGCCUUUUUUCUAUUAGGAUAAUAAGAAGUGUUUAUAAAAUUGAGAGUGAAGCAAAACCAAAGUUUUUUAUGCACUAAGAAUUAUAUUUUCGAUGUAGAUUAUCUUAGCGAAACGCUGUAAUGUAAGAUAUUGGAGGAAAAUCAGUUGCAAUUUUGUGUGAUGUAGCUUGUAGAUUAUUAUUAAUGUGCAAAUCAUAAAUUGUAUGUAAUUGUUAAUUAAGCAAUCGACAAAAUUGCUGUCCCAAGUUAACUGCAUACGUAGUACUAGUACCAGUAUAUAAAGAUGUUUUUCGUGUAUCGAGGUGAAGGCAGACAGUUAUUUAAUGGAAAGUUGCUGACCGGUUGACAAUACUUGUCAUGGCUCAAUAUAUUUUAUUAGUAGCUUAUUAGUAAAAGACUGCAACCCAAACUUGCGUUUGUAUCAAUAAAAAUAAAUACUCUACAUGUGAUAUCGUAGACUUCAAAAUUGAGUUAGGUUAGUCGAGGUAUUGAUUUAUUAAUUAUAUGAAUGUUAAUGAUUGUUGUGUAGAUAUACCAAACAAUGCACAUUAACUACAAGAAGACAUUAUUGUUGUAGUUCUAGUCAUAAAUAUACAUGCUUCGAUGACAUAUAGUAUAGAGACAAAUGCUUAACUAUUAGUACCUAAUAGAUAAAUGAAUAGUAUCAGUAUAUUUAUUAUUUGUACUUGGAAUGUUGGAUUUUAAGCAUAUAUGUAUAGUUUAAAAUCGCUUAUUCUGAUAUACACUUUGUUUUAAUA